CUGAUCCAGCCGGGAAUCAAUUUUUCUGGCAAGCGGGAUGGGAGCUGGAGGCCCAACCCACUGAAACACAAAGGCGGCCUUGGAAAACCAGCGUGUUCGCUGUCUCGUCAUCGCCGAUUCUCCUAGCAGUCGCUCGCUUCUCGCACUUUGUCUGUCCUCCAUUCAACUCUCUGGAUUAGGGAGCGGACUGAAUUCUCAGAAAGAAGGGAUCGGGUGUUGCGAUCAACCUGCAAAGCGGGUUUUUUUUUGAGCUAUGAGACGGCAGGGCCAGUAUGCUGAUUCUGGUGGUACUGGUUAUGGUGGUGGUCAGAUGCAGCAGCAUACUUCUAGUCAGAGGGUUGAACAAGGGUCUGAUCAUUUCCAAGGACAACUGGAGGCCUUUACUCCUGAGAGAGAGACAUCAUAUACUUCCUCGAAACCUGAUGGACAGUGGCGAUGGGUGAGGGACGAAUCGAAGCCGGUAGCAUCUCAGAUGUUCAAUGAAGGUCAAGUGGUUGAUGCAUCAAGGACUUAUAUUCAGGGGAAAAGGCCAGAGUCCCAUGUGGGUCUAGAGCAACAAGGGAACGUUGGUCCUAGAGCUCGAUCGCGCGAGGAAGAUAUGCAGAGCUCUUAUGAGGACAAACCACGUUUGCAAACUUUUGAAGGCCUUGAGCAGAAAUUCAUUGAUGACAUCAUGAAAUUAGCCAAGGAGCAGAGUGAUGCUGAGGAUGCAGAGAUUUCCAGACACAGAGAGAAAAUAAAAUCCAUAAACGACCGGCAUCAGGAACAACUAUCAGCACUUCGAGCUAGGCACGCAAGUCGAAGAGAAGAACUGCUUCGGAAGGAGUCACAAGUACGACAACACCGAUAUCAGCAGGCAAUGAUGGAUCAUUACCCAAACAACAACAACAGCAUGGCUCCUGGAGAAUCCCUUGGCUAUAGCGCUUCACGUGCAGGCUCAGCAUCUAUCAAUGAAGCUCAGCAAGCUAAUUACAGUGGCAGCCCUUUCGACUCUUACCAGGAGAAGGCUCGUUUCCUCGGCAGUAACGCAAGGGAUCAAGGAUACGGGACCAGAGGCCAAUACCCUGCAGGGGGACGUGUGUAUGAUUCAGGCACACGCUACUAUUGAUCGGUUCACUUCCUCAUCUCAUCCGUGGUGCCAGGUUAAAAUAUAGCCUUCAGUUUGUAGGCUCUGCUUAUAUGCUAACAUAUCUAUGUUACUCUUGCUAGCUACUUUCCCCCCUUGCUUCUGUCCUUGUGGCAUUGUUGCCCUCUUGCCGUUUCAUUGUGUUAUUAUACAUGACCUUAAACUCCACUUAUGAAAAACCCAGUUUAGUGAAAAAAACAAUAUAAAUUAGUUUGUUAAUUGCGUCUUCUUCUGUUGAUGCAUCGAUCGAGGCCUUCUCAGUACAAUGAAACGCUCUCACAUUCUUAUUCUCCUUCUCCUUCCUAACCUUAGUAAACGUACAUUUUAACUUUGAAUCACGAAACAGGCUUCUGCAGGUU